AGCUUGGAAACUCUCUUUCCCCUUAGCAUGGCUGGCUCAGGAAUUCUGGGAGUUGAAGUCCACGGGUCAUAAAAGAGCCAGCGUUGCCUACCUCUGACCCAGGAGAUGGUCUCUGCCCUACCUUGGUGACGCAGAUGCUGACGUCUCCGGCCACAUUCCUAUCCUGUUUCGCGGGAAGCUCCGCCUUUUCCUUCUGGGCCGAGAAGCCGGUGCCUUCCGCCGCUCAGCUAUCGCUCUUUGCAGGAUGAAGAUCUGGAGCUCGGAACACGAAUUCGGGCAUUCAUGGGAUACUGUAAUAAAAGCUGCAAUGAGAAAAUACCCCAAUCCUAUGAACCCAUCAGUGGUAGGAGUUGAUGUCCUGGACCGAAGCCUUGAUAAUCAAGGAAGAUUACAUAGUCAUCGAUUACUUAGUACUGAAUGGGGUCUACCAAAUAUUGUAAAAGCUAUUUUGGGGACAAAUAGAACUGUUACAUACAUUAAAGAACAUUCUGUAGUUGAUCCAGUGGAAAAGAAAAUGAUAUUGAGCUCCACAAAUAUAACACUUACGAAUCUUGUAUCAGUGGAUGAACGAUUAGUUUAUACACCUCAUCCUGAAAAUCCUGAAAAGACUCUUCUAACGCAAGAAGCAAUUAUUACGGUAAAAGGUGUUAGUCUUAGUAGUUACUUGGAAACUUUAAUGGCCAACACAAUAUCGUCUAAUGCUAGAAAGGGGUGGGAUGCUCUUGAAUGGACAAUUCAGCAUUCUGAAAAUGUUCUAAGCUAGCAGUCUUUCUACAGCUGCAUUUUGUACUAACUAGUGGUAAUGUCAGCAUUUGUUACCUUGGUAUAGCAUUUCAGCUUCUAGCAAGUACAUGCAUGUUGUUGUGAUGUACCUUUAAAAAGCUGCAUGCUUUUAUAUGUAUAUACACACAUUGCAUAUAGAGGAACAGUGCCCUUAAUUAGGAAUCAGGGCUCCUUUGAUAUCUAAAUACUUUGUCAUAGGAAGGUUUUUAAUCCAAGGGGAUCAAUUUAAUGUUAUUUUUAUAUUUUGUUGAUGCUUUUUGUGUAAAAAGAAUAUUAUUAGAACACUGGAGGAAUUAUUUUUUAAAAACAUUUGUGUGUUGAAUUGGUCAAAGAGCUCUAUUAUAGCAAUACAUGUCAAAUCAGAUUGAUUAUGUGUUCAGGUCUGACAUUGCAAGACUAGAUGUGAAAUAACUCUUCAACAAAGAGUUACUUUCAAAUCCUUGGUUGCUUAACAUGUACUAUUUGAUGUCAAUACUGGUUUCAGUUGACUCUGCAGUGUAUUUCUGUAGAAAUAUGAUGCUAACGGCAUUAAGUUAAUUGAUUGAUUACAUGCCAAGAAGUCAUUAUCAACUUGUAGCAACCACAUAGAUUUUUCUGCAUCAUGAUACAUUCAUUGUAAUACAGCUUGUGUUAAAAGCUGUAUAAAUACAAUCAGUGUACUCUGAUUAUCAGGCUAAGUAUAUAGAUUCCAGCUGCUAGAAGUUGACAGAGAUAGAUGGAUACUAUCCAAAACCUCAUGAGGGGGCAGCCAAUUCUCAGGUUAUUUACAUCUCGCCUUGCCUUUCUUGACAGUGCAGUGAAGAAGGUAGCAGACUGCAUACAUGUCAUGAUAUAGCUAAGUCAGACUAUAUAUACUAUAUUUACCCCAUAGAAAGACAAGAUUGCUACUUACCUGAUGAAUGUAACUCUUUUGUGAUAUCUAAAUGGACCGUCUUUCUUUUCUUCCCUUCACAAACAGUUGCCUCCUUCCUUGACCUCAUCUCAGUCUCCUUCCUUCCUUCCUUCCUUCCUUCCUUCCUUCCUUCCUUCCUUCCUUCCUUCCUUCCUUCCUUCCUUCCUUCCUUCCUUCCUUCCUUCCUUUCUUUUUAAUAUGAUUCUUCAUCUGGAGAGUGGUUUAUGUGACAGAAUGUUUGGUAUAUGCCAGGGGUGUCAAACUGCUGGCCCGCAGGUUUGACACGUCACCAGGAAACCAUGCCUACCUCGUUGCCGGCAAUGGAGAAAAAGCUCUGAUACGUCGUGCAACGUCAUAUGACAUCACGAGUUUGACAUGUCUGAUAUAUGCAUAUGAAUUUGUUUUAUAGUCUAUUAAUUUUAGAAAGUUACUCAUUCAGUAGUCCCAGUUUUGACUAUUUCUGGAAUGUGAUUUUUUUUUUUUGUCCAUCACAUAUUCAAGCCUGUAAAACACUCAUAUUUAUUGGCAAUGUGAAAAAAUUCCAGCUAGUGAGUUAACCUGGUUUAAAUGUAAAUCCUAGGCACAAAAUUUUGUCCAGAAUUAUAUUUUUCUAUCUACUUAUUUUGAAAAUUGGUAACCUUGGGAAACCUUGUCUUCAAUUCAGGAUUAUCUUCCUUUGGGUAAAUACAGUAGAUAUUGUUAUCUUCACUAUUUAAGAUACAUAACUGCUUUUGUGCUUUUUAAAUGAGCUGUCAUACAGAAACUUUUGGCUCCACUCACAUCUAGUUCAAGGUAAAGUGAUUAGCAUAUUCUUCAGAUUAAAAGUACUCUUUCUCUUUUUCAUUCUCCUUUGCAUAUAAGGAGAAAUUUCUAGUUAUAUAAUUUAUAAUUAUGCUUGUAUCUAGAUUGAAAACAAUGAAUGGCAUAAACAACCAGUUGCUCUUCAUUGGAAUGUGAUGAAUUGCAGCUUAUUAACAGGGAUGUUAUUUGAAGUUGUACUAAUAAUGUCAUUAGGUUUCCUAUAAUAAAAGUAUUGAUUUUGUUUUUCUCCAAUUGAAUAACUUGUUCCAAAGGUACAUUUUUAGCUUCUGAUAAAAUUGUCAGCUAGCUAUAGAGAGAAAUUUAGAUAGGGUCUUUUUUUUUACAUUUUUCUAUCAGUCUUGGAACAGAAUACCGGUAGUUUAAUUUCUUUGCUUAAUAUCCUAAUUUACAGGUAAUUAAAAUUUAUACAAAGGUGGUGCAAUAUCUUUAAUACUCUGAUUUUUGGAGUGUGUGUAUAUAGUAUGAACAUAGUACAUGGUCACCAUAUCCUCUUAGUUGCCCUUAAAUUAAAAACCAUUAACAUUGUGUCAAUUUUGUACUACUAUCAUAUGCAUAAAUACGUUAAAGACGCAUGUCUAUUGGCAAAUCUGCUUGCUUACAGUGUAUGUUAAUACACCAUUUGAAGUACAUUACAAACUAAUUCUUUGUCAGGAUUGCUCUAUCCAUAACUAAGUGUAUUAAAAGUAAUCUAAUUUAUGUGUUUCCUUCAACUGCUAUAAAUGAAUGAGUAGCUGUUCAUUGCAACAUAAACUUGGGAAUUCAGACAUUUGCUUAUUUAUCAAUGUAAUUGGAAUUUGGUUAAAUCAAAUUAUUUCACUUCCUAGAAUUUAUUUAACAAUUCACCUAUACACAUUUAUAUAAUUGUACACUCCCAAAUUUUAUUUAACCUGGAAUUUUGUUGACAUAGGUGUCAGAUUUGAAGUAAUGUUUAAGAUUUCUGAAAAUUGAUAUAUUGCAAGUAUCUUGCACUGUAAGAAUGCAACAGUUCAUGCUCUGUUUUACAAUAAACCAGAGAAUGUCUUCUUUCAGCAUGUUAUUUUUCUAUGUUGAUAAUUAAUUUUUUUUAGAUUUUUAUUUAGAAGAUUUAAAAGUAAAUCUGAACUGUGUAAUUUGCAAUACUGAAGCAUGUUCAGAUAGAUAGUAGUUUAAAGAUGGUUGAUUUAGAAUGAAAAACGUUGAAAUGUUUGCUGGCUUCAAAAAUAUUGAAAUAUUAAUAAUAAAUAUAGUGUGCAAAAAUGUGAAACUAUCUGUGAAAAUACAUAAUUAAUCUGGAUGUUCUUUAAUAAUUACGCAAUGUGUGGCAUAUUUCUACCAUAAAGCCUUUUUCAAGAGUUAACUACUGAAUUUAGAUAAUAACCUCAUCCGAGAUUCUUUUUGGAAAAGUCAUGGCACCUAUGUUGUCAUAAAUUUAGGAUCAAUUAUACUAUUGCAGGCCUAACGUUGCAGUAUGAAUUCUUAAGGCUCAGUCUCGGAUCUCCUAUAUUUAAUGGUGCAUUUUUUCCUCACUUCAUAAUUAAAUUUCUAUUAAGAAGUCACAUUUUUGCAAUUUAGGAACAUUACAUACAAAUACAGUAGUACAAUAACCUAGCAGAUAAAUACAGAGUAAGCACCAUCUGAUUAUUUAUUAUUUCCUGAUUUGAGUCAUAUGUUUUGUAGUCGUCGUAAUAAGUAAGUGGGGCAUAGGUAAAAAGUUCUGAUCAAGUUUCCUAUUCCUACCUAACAUAUUUUUACAGAACUAUAGUAAACCUAGUAGCUGGAGUCGGUGUAGAUAGAAUGUAGUUGAACAUGAUUACAUUAAAAAAAGGACUAGGUAGGAUUGGAUAUGGUUAGCGCUUGAUGAGAAAUUGUUGCCAGGGAAGUAGCUAAUUCAGUGUGUGUACUUCUGACAUGGCUAUUACUUCAUGUUGAUGAGAUUUUAGGUGUAGGUUUAGCUCUCUGAGGUGAUUUGAUUCUAAGUAUUUAUGAUACUUUAAAAAAUCUGAAAUUUUAUUGAACAUAAUUGGCAGUUAUUCACAUUCUGUAAAUUUAUCUAAGUGGCAAUAAAUAACCACCUGGAAGACACUCUGGUUGUAAGAGCUAUGUAUAAUCUACUAAGUGCCCUCAAAACAGUUGAUGUACAAGUAUUUGCUUUAACUUCAAAGAUCAAAAUAUUAGUAAAAUAGCAAUAGCUAUCUAUGAAUAUUCAAUAGUCAUUUGUUAGGUAGGGUUUUAAUUUCUUCAGUUAAAAACUUUAGACUAAAUUUAUUUCAGCAACUCAGGGGCUAUGAACAUGUUGAAAAGUUCUAGAUUCAUAGCCCAUUCUGCCCCUCACCAUGAUUUGUAAUGUCUUUUUUAAAUAUUUGGUGUUAGGGAAUUUCUCAAAGUUGGAAACAGCUAGCAAAAGGAAGAGAUGUUUUUCUUGAGGUCUGAGGUGACAAAUUGCCUUUGGAGAUAACCUCAAGGACUGUAGAAUUCUUAUGUAGUAUUAUUUUCUAGGACUAGCCCUUGAAGUAUUCUUUCAAUUCCAGAAUGGAGAAAAAAGAAAUCAGGGUAAUGAAUUUUCUCAUUCAGAAAAAGCAAAAAAAAAUACUCCGGUGUAUUUUCUUUGUUGAGAUGCAGUGUGGUAAUGGAGAGUGCAAUAAUUCCAGUAUUCUUAUCAUUGUGGCUUAUGAAAAGGUUUCACAACUUUUUGACUAGAAUUUGGGUCAUUGAUAUGUUCUGGGAAUAUUUGUAAAUCAAAUCUGUCUUUAGCAGUCUUCUAGAAAUGUUGGAAACUUUGUAAUUGAUUUGCUGGAUUGAGAAAUCAAUUCAUUGCAUUAUGCAUUAGAAUUAGCAUGCAAUUUUGUAAUUUGGUUGCAAGAGUAUUGUUUACAGAAAAAAAAUGUGUCAUUAGGUUAAAAAUUAAGGAUUUUCAAAACAAAUUAAAAUUAAUGCUGUUCUUAAAGGAAGGGGGUCCAAGAAAUAACAGAGCGUUUCAGUAGCACUAAUAAUAUAGCAGCUUUUUCAUCAUGUAGGCAGACAAAAAUUACUUUGCUUUUGAAACUUUUUGGAUUCUGACAGAGGAAAGUUUUACAUGCUUAGCAUUGUUUCCAGUCAGUCAGAUAACCUUUUCUUUUUCCA